AUGCCCCUCUUGUCUCAACCUCUCAAUGAGCGUUUGUGGAUUCAGUCCAAGGGCAACUGGUUUCUCUACUCGUCAUUAGCAGCGGCGACAGCAGCCUUCGCAUUCCAUCGCACACGUCUACAAUCGCACAAGACAUCGUCCGCCGAUCUUUUAUCAACGACCAAAAAGACAUUGUUUCAAGAGACACCAACGUCCACCUUCGACAAACACAAGCACCUCUUCCCUGUGACAGAUACGCUCAAAAAAGUGGGUGUCAAUGAUGAAUUCUUUCGACAACUGCGAGCUAUUGCAACCAUUCUAUUUCCACAUUGGCAUACCAAGGAAGCUCUAUUGCUCGUGUUGCAUUCGGCAUUUCUCAUUUUGCGUACAUAUUUGAGUGUGGUCGUGGCAAGAAUCGAUGGCCGGAUUGUCCGAGAUUUGGUGGGUGGUCGAGGUAAAAGGUUCUUGACAGGCCUCGCAUAUUGGUUUGCAAUCGCUAUUCCUGCAACCUACACAAACAGCAUGAUCCGGUACCUGCAAUCCAAGCUAUCAAUCGGCUUCCGCACCCGGCUGACAAGAUAUGUGCAUGAUUUGUACUUGGACAAUGACGAGAAAACAUUCUACAAAGCUCUUAACCUUGAUGGCCGUAUCCAAGGAGCUGAUCAGUUCAUCACCACCGAUCUUGCAAAGUUUUGCGAUACAUUAGCAUCAUUAUACUCCAAUCUCGCCAAGCCAUUACUGGAUACCGUCAUCUUCAAUUAUCAACUGAUGAAAUCGAUCGGCUUUGCUGGAACAAUUGGUCUUGCUGUCAACUAUAUGAUUACGGCACGGUUAUUGAGAGCAGUGACGCCUUCAUUUGGUAAAUUGGCUGCCGUGGAAGCCAAGUUGGAAGGUGAUUUCAGAGGUGCCCAUACUCGCCUUAUCACCAAUGCUGAAGAAGUUGCCUUUUAUAAUGGUGGUGAUCUUGAGCACUCGAUUCUCAACAAAUCGUAUCAACGCCUGGUCAAACAUAUCAACUCGAUUUACAAGAUCCGCAUCAGCUACAACAUGUUUGAAGACUUUUUGAUCAAGUAUGCUUGGAGUGCCUUUGGUUUGGUUCUUUGUGCUAUCCCUGUCUUUGCUCCCAACAUGGUGGGUGGAUAUAUCCCUUCUCCUGCUGGCACUGUGGUGGAUGAAAAUGAUCAAGUGGGCUCUCGUACACGAGGUUUUAUCACCAAUAAGCGGUUAAUGAUGUCCCUUGCUGAUGCUGGUGGUCGCAUGAUGUACUCUUACAAGGAACUUGCAGAGCUCGCAGGCUAUACCACCCGUGUAUAUAGUCUAUUGUCGGUGCUUCAUUCCCUGCGUGUCAAUGAAUACGAUGCCGAUCAUGAGGAGAAGUUAAAGUAUUCGCUCAGCAAUAUCCAAGGCAAAAUCCAAUAUGGCGAGGAUGGCAUCCGGUUUGAUGGUGUACCCGUGGUAACACCUGCACCUGGUAAAGGGCGUCAAGGAGAACUCUUGGUAGAAAAGCUCAACAUCCACAUCAAGCCUGGAGAACACAUGCUCAUCACGGGUCCUAAUGGUGUGGGCAAAACCGCUGUAGCACGUGUCAUUGCAACGCUGUGGCCAACAUUUGAGGGUACUCUUUCUCGACCGGAUGAAAAGAAUAUCUUUUACAUUCCUCAACGACCUUACCUUAGUAUGGGCACGCUAAGAGACCAGGUCAUUUAUCCACAUACCCACGAGGACAUGAAGAAGAGUGGACGUACCGAUGAUGAGCUUAUGAAGAUCUUGGACGUUGUACGUUUGGCAUAUAUCCCUGGUCGUGAAGGUGGUUGGGAGACCGUCAAAGAAUGGAAGGAUGUGUUCUCUGGUGGUGAAAAGCAACGUAUUGGUAUGGCACGCUUAUUCUAUCAUCAUCCCAAAUACGCCGUCCUUGAUGAAUGCACAAGUGCUGUAUCCGCAGAUGUUGAAGGCUUGAUGUAUGCGCAUGCGAAGGAUAUGGGUAUCACACUCUUAACCAUUUCACAUCGACCUGCACUAUUCAAGUACCACCAAUUCCUUCUUCGACUUACCGGCGAUCAUGGACAAUGGACAAUGGAACAAAUUGGUACUCAGCAACAACAGCAAUCGCUUGAAAAAGAAAUGCAAUCUCUUGAAGCCAAGUUGCAAAGCGUGGAAUCACUCAAAUCUCGCUUGGGCGAAAUUGAUGCAGAGCUCAGCCUAAAGAACAUUUAA